CUGGAGAGGAGACCAUUACCAACGAAAAGAAAUAGGUCAAUAAUCUCAGACAUGGGAGACCAGAUGCGCUAUGCCAUCAGUGUCCGGAUUAUUGGAGUGAUGCAUAAAGAGGCAUCUAAAAUCAAGAUGUUUAUGACCUCUGUUCUGUGGUCUGAUGAGAGUGAAGUCAUUGUCUACAGAUCAUUAUUGGAUUUUAAGGAGUUUCACAGGCAAUUGAAGAAGAGGUUUCCCCUUGAGAAUCCUUUCCGCAAGAGAGACAGAGUGAUUCCCAAAUUCAGAGCCAUAGCUAUGAGGAGAAAGAUCCAGAAGAAGGAUCCUAGUUGGUCAAUGCGUCGGAUGAAUUUACUGGAAAACUACUGUAGCGAGCUGCUCAGGUGUGACCCCGUGGUGAGCUGCAGUUCAGAUGUCACCCAGUUCUUCAUGCCCAAAGACCACGACCUGCAGGCAGACUUCACCAAAAACAGCGUCAUGAUCCUACCAUCGGGGGAUGGGCUGGAGGACAUGAGCGGGCAGCGUCUGAGCCUGGGCAACGUGACACACCCUUUUGUGAGCCAGUCUUACUGCUGUGUGGAGCCCUACAACACCAAGGACACUAAGAACAGGCCCUUUAAAGUGGCCUUGGAUGAGAGGCUGGAUGUGCUCAUCAAAGACCCAGCAGGCUGGUGGCUGGUGGAGAACGAGGACAAACAGUUGGCCUGGUUCCCUGCUCCUUACCUAGAGAUGUGUGAGGCAGAGAAGGAUGGAGAUGAAUUGGAUGGAAUUCCCUUGGGGGGAACUCUCUACUGCGCUGUGAGGAGUUACUCCACUAAGAAGCAUGACGAGGUGCCUGUUCCUAUUGGCUCUGUGGUCGAGGUGCUGAGGAAAUCAGACGACGGAUGGUGGCUCAUCAGGUAUAAAGGCAGAACUGGCUACUCUCCCUCCAUGUACCUGCAGCCUUACAACAACCCACGUGCUGGCCUCCACAACCUGCAGAGAAAGCUGCACAGCUCCUCUCUCAAUCUGGCAACCCACAUGGACAGCUCUACUCUCAACUUGGCAUCCAGCAGAGACAGCCAAUCUGGCAACUGUUACCCACCCACACUGUAUGAGGAGACAGGGCUGCAGCAGCACACAUCAACCCAGACCAGGGAUGAUCCGUACCGGGCCUCCUGUCUCCAGAAGACCCGCUCUCUGGAGCUCCUGUCUGAGACCCGUCCCGACAUGGCCGUCCCUCCAUCCCAAAGAGAGAGAGAAGACCUUGAGUCAAAUCAGGAUCCAGCAAUCCGCAAGAGCAGCAUCAGCUGGACCAAGUCCUCCAACUCUGACAUCAGCUCGUCAGUCCGGAAUGUCAGGACGUCUUCUUCCAGCUGCAGUGAGGAGGAGCCCCAGAGCCCCCCAAACAGCCCCAGGUCUUCACCCCAGCUAAGGGAGAGCAACAAUGGCUGCAGCAUCCCAGAAAAGAGUCUGUCAUCCAGCCCUAUCUCCAGGUCUGAGACUGGGUCCUGUAAGAUGCCCACCACUGCACCCAGGGUGCCCCCGCGACCCAGGGCCCAGGAGAUCCUGACCCGGUGUACCACCAUGACCCGCAAGGCUGCCUUGGCCUCCAGAGGGAGGCUGUUCUCCCUGCAGGACCCCGUCCAGACCCACUAGAAAGGCUGGGAGCGGUGGCGGGGGAACUGGGAGAUGGGGAUAGGGUUAUGGGGAACCGUGGGUGGUGGAGAGUGGAGUUUUUGGGGUUACACUAUUCUCUCCAGGUUGACUUUACAUGAAGCGCAGUGCUUUGAGUAUGGCUUGCAAUACUAGGGUUACAUUUGCAUAAAAAUGCCUAUUCUGUAUGUUACGUUAACCAUAAUUCCAUCCAAACAUUUUUAUAUGAGUAAAGUACCUGUUGAAUAAAAAAAUCACUACAGGACUGAUGGAAACGGUAUAAUUGUUAGUAAACUUUCUAAAUCUUGACAGAACAAAAUACGUAAAACAGGGGAAUAAGUUUUUGUCUGUGAAAUACACUCCAUGACCAAAAGUAUGUGAACAACUGCUUGUCGAACAUCUCCUUCCAAAAUCAUGGUCAUUAAUAUGAAGUUGGUCCCCCCUCUGUUUCUUUACCAGCCUCCACUCUUCUGGGAAGGCUUUCCACUACAUGUUGUAGCAGUACUUCCAUUCAGCCACAAGAGCAUUAGUGAGGUCGGGCACUGAUGUUGGGCGAUUAGGCCUGGCUCACAGUCGGCGUUCCAAUUCAUCCCAAAGGUGUUAGAUGGGUUUGAGGUCAGGGCUCUGUGCAGGCCAGUCAAGUUCUUCCACACCGAUUCCGACAAACCAUUUCUGUAUGGACCUCGCUUUGUGCACAGGGGUAUUGUCAUGCUGAAACAGUAAAGGGCCUUCCCAAAACUGUUGCCAAACAAUUGGAAGCACAGAAUCGCCUAGAAUGUCAUUGUUAUGCUGUAGUGUUCAGUUUUCCCUUCACUGGAUCUAAAAACAGCCCCAGACCAUUAUUCCUCCUCCACCAAACUUUACAGUUGGCACUAUUGGGGCAGGAAGUGUUCUCCUGACAUCCACCAAACCCAGAUUCGUCCAUCGGACUGACAAAUGUUGAAUCGUGACUCAUUACUCCAGAGAACACAUUACCACUGCUCCAGAGUCCAAUGGAGGCGAGCCUUAAACCACUCCAGCCUUCUAUGACUUCCAGGUUGAAAGUCACUGAGCUCUUCAGUAAGGCCAUUCUACUGACAGUGUUUGUCUAUGGAGAUUGCAUGGUGGCGUGCUAGAUUUUAUAUACCUGUCAGCAACGGGUGUGGCUGAAAUAGCCAAAUCCACUCAUUUGAAGGGGUGUCCACAUACUUUUGUAUAUAUAGCGUAGAUCAUGCACCAAAUGCAGUGGAAAUGCUUUAAUGUGCGUUUGUUGAGGAAUAAUCCUCAUGUGGCAGUCAACUUUCAGUCACGUGAUGUCAUGUUGUGUAGUCCUCCCACUACGACUUGGAGAAGCACACAGUUUAUUAGUCUACAGAUUCAAUUAGUAAUGAUGAACCUCACAGGGUGGUGAAAGUGCAUGGUGAUGAUGAGCUUGAAACUCCUUAAAAUAUCCUAAUUUUAUGCUGGUGACAUGUUGAUCGGGGCUUGGCUGUCAAUUGACAAAUAAAUAUGAUCUUGCUUUUAUCCAUAAUCAGAUUUAAAGAUGGGAUGGAAAUACAUUGUACUUAUUUUUUUUAUUAGUUAACUGAAAAAUUAUAUGACAAAGUUAUUUUUAUGUGCACUACGUAAUUACGCACAGCUUUUCACUUUCAUGAAGCCAGUCUUUCGACAAAUUGAUGGAACUCUAGCUAAUGUUGAACUUUAAAAUGUGUAGACAACUUUCUGAUGUUAUUUAUAAUUGAUAAACUAUUGCUAUUUAAUUAUACUUAUUUAAAUUAGCAUGAAAUGCUCACAGGUUAUAAAGGUAGAAAUUAAUUGGCUACUAGUCUUAACCUUUUAAAGCCACACUAAUUUGUGCAUACCCUUAAAGAGUAGGCCCCAAACCAAAAAAACAUAAUUUGACAUGCAAAUAAUACUUAUUUUACUAGUCACUACUACUACUACUCCUAUUACUACACGGUAACAGCUGAAACAAGCACACAAAUGUUCACAAAAAUGUCCCUUUUCUAUUUUGAGAUGAAACAUUAUAUUCUGAUGAUAUUUUCAAUGCACCUUUCCUGUCUGAUUUUAAUAUGAAGGAAUGAGACACGCGGUUGUCUCCGAAAGAUACGGGAUGACACAGAAUUAAAUAUAGUAUGCUUGUAUGAUAUAAUUUGUAUCUACUUUACUUUAAUAUUAUAGAAUGAUUUUCAUUAUGAUGUUGAAAUUGCGCAUUUGUUUCCGGAGGGGCAUUUUCAAGGGGGUUCAGUUUCAAUGUAUUAUUGAAAUGCAUGGAAAUGCUCUCAUUCUACCCCUUUAGAGUUGACCAAUGACUGGUUUGUUUGUUGUAGCCUACAUAUCAUUCUUCUGUUGGUGUCUGAAGUCACUGUUAUUCCAUACUGGAAUUUUACUGUAAGUAUUUAUCAUUACUGUCUGUAUGCCUUAUAUGCAAUCAACAUUAUCCUAUAAACUUAAUUCAAUGUAUUUGUCUUCUCUCUUUCCAAGUCGUAUUUUUUUUUACAGUGGUCAUGUUUCAUAUAUCUUCCACCUAUAUAGUAAUUAUGUAUUGUAUUUUACAGUAUUGUAUUGUACUUAUGUAUUGUAGUGGUCCUGUACGUGGCUCAGUUCAAAAGAGCAUGGCGCUAGCAACACCAGAGUUGUGGGUUCGAUUCCCACUGCGGUUGCAUACCAAAAUGUGUGCACUGUUGUCACUUUUGAUAAAAGUGUCUGCUACGUAAUGGCAUAUAUUACGGUAUUACAGUACCAUAUUGCCCCCCACCCAUCAAACAGGCCCCAGCAACUUCAUUUUGGACACAUGUUUACUGUAUAGGAGAUGCAUUUGUUUAUUGUUGUGGACUUCCUGGAUAAUUGAAGUAUUGGUAUUGUAUUACUGCGCUAUAGGAGCUUUUUGCUGGACCUGUACGAGACCAAUAAACUUUGAUUUGAUUUGUUA